UGCCAUUGAGAAGGAAACAGCAAGCGCAGCGAGCAACUCCGGCCGCUACACGGAACCCGUGCGCGCGCCAACGGUUUCCGCCAAGCCACGCGCCCCGCGACAUGGCGGCCGUGCGCGCCGCUCCACGCCUCCGCUCCCUCCCUCUCCUGCUUCCAGGGCCAGACGCCGCCGCCGCAGUCCGCCGUAGUCUCUCCUGCGCAAGCGCCUCCCCGGCUCCCAGCCCCGCGCUAGCGCGCACGAUAUCGUCUGCGUCCGCGUCCUCAUCCUCGACUCCCUCCCCGUACACGGCGCUCGUGGGUCGCGUGAGCUGCGAACGUGAGAUCAAGCGCAGCAAGUUCAUCGCCGUAGCCGCCCCCGUCCCCGACGAGCGCGCCGCCAUGGCCUUCCUCGACGAGCUGGGAGAGCAAUUCCGUUACAACGAUGACGGCGAACCUUCUAGCACAGCUGGGAAGCCAAUAUACUCUGCCAUCAUUUCCUCCGGCAUUGAUAUGGUCAUGGUGGUUGUUAUUAGAUAUUUUGGAGGCAUAAAAUUGGGAACCGGUGGGCUGGUGAGAGCUUAUGGUGGGGUUGCUUCUGAAUGCCUUAAAGAUGCUCCUACUUGUCUUGUGAAACCAAAGGCUCGUGUGAGUAUGGAGGUACCCUUUGAUCUGUUGGGUACAGUCUAUCAUCGGGUGAUUAUUAGUUAUUAAUCAGCUUGCUUUUAGGAAAAUAGAGUACAAGUAGUAAAAUUGAGUUUGCCAAUAGUUUUGGUAUCCUUGAUUAAAGCAUAGUAUAUACUGAACUGUUGUUAUAAGCACGCCACAGUGCAUUUAUGGUGUGUCAGAUUACUGAUGCUAACUAGAAAUUAUGUUUAAAAAUCUAGGUUAGUUUACUAAUUUUCAUGUGUGACUCUUACGUAUGUGCAACGACAUUGAGAAUAGGCAAUGCAGCUAUCUGUUGAUCUAUCAUACAAUGUGUAGAUUUUGCAGUACCCGCAUAACGAGUGACCUGAUUCCAGAUACUUGUUGUACAUCUUGCAGCAAGAUAGAAGGUUUCCUAAGACCAGUAGAUUUGGUUAAAUAUGAAAAAUGUUUCUAUUUUGUUGGAUAAAUUUAAACAAUCGUUACUGUUAUAUCUUUUUUUUUCUUAAAAAUUGUUGUGCUGAUGUUAUUAUUUGGUACAUUAUUUUGGGACCCUGGUAAGUAAUCUGCACUUCAACUUUUCCAAAAUGAUAGUUGAAUAGUUGAAGCACUGUCUCUAAAUUAUAAACUCCAAACCAGUUAGUCGCAGUCACCGCCCAUUCCUGCCAGCUAGUUGUUUUUUUAAUUCAUCCCCUGUGCUGACUUCUGACAAAGUUUCUACCAUCGGUUAGUCGGGAACUGGUGAGGCAGUUCCACCAUGCCAGCCACUGUAUGGGAAACUACUAGUGAACUUUCAGCUGGAUAAUAUUAGAAUGUUUAGAUGACUUUAUUUUGUCUCUUUGGUCAUAUUCUUUUAUUCAGAAAUAUUUGCUGUUUGUGUUUGAACCAUGAUACAGAACAGCUUAAUAGGGUAGUGUCCUCAUGUUGGCCCAAUAUACAUCUGAUCAGAGUUAAACUCAUUGUGUAAAACAACUGAGUGGAGUUAUUUGUAUAUUGACAUAAUGAGGAUCAAUUAUGACACCAAACUGACGUCCUAACUCCUAAUUAUAUGAAGUAGUUUAGUAUUUACUUUGCUAAUGCUAAUGGGACUGGGAUGCUUGAGGUAUCAAAGGUUCUGAAAGUUGAUACUGCACAGUUGCUGCUAUCAUCUUGAAUUGGAUGGAUCUAUGCCCCAUUGUUGGUGGUACCAAUUACCGGGUUGUGAAUUAAAAGCUGAUUGAAAAUUGAAUGGCUCUCAAUUUAUUUUCCAACAAAGCUUAGUGAACCCAUGUUAUGUGCUCUUAACUCCAACUUGCAAGUGCUAAUUUCAAGUCCCCUGAACUAGCUGCUUUUCAAAAAAAUCCCAGUUAGCACUGGUUACUGCUGCUUGCUGAAUGCUGACAUUAGAAGCUAUGUUUUUCCAUGUUUUCUAACAUGGUUAUGCCUUGCUGCUUUUCUUGUGUUAUUUGUAC